AUGGCUACCAUCCGAACCCCAGCUAAAAGUAGGACGGACAAUGACAGGAGCCCCAGGCUCUCCCCUGAGACGGCUAAGGCUGGCCUUAGCCCCAACGCCGCCGCAACAUCUAAAGUGCGGCGUAGCAUAGGAGAGUGGGAAGCGGGACUCAGUGAACCCCGGCCUUGCACAUCGAAAACGCACCCGCAUACCCCCGAGCAGCCGGAGCAGGACAAGGCACCUGCACCUUCUCGGACGGUGAAACAGAAGGCUGCAUCCCCUCGACUGCUCAAAGAGCUGCCGACGCGAAGGCCGUCUGCGGACACGGCCGAGGAGGUGCAGAUGCCAGCGCCGAAGAAGAGGGGGCCCACCGGCAGGAUGGCCGAAGCUAGAGACUGGCUCGUGUACGCGAAAUUUAAUGUUAAUAAAUCUCGCAACAUGAAGACAGACCUCAAGGCUGGGGCCAUCCUGGCGGUGGACAACCUCUACCGGCUGAUUAAGGAGUAUGCGGAGGAACUUACCCGUAAGACGACCGGCGCGAAGACACCCGCAGCCGCAGCAACAACGCCACCUGUAACAAAAAGUGUCGGGGUUAAUACUGAGGAACUAGGACUGAAUGAGGGACGGAUGGGAAAUGAUGUGGACGAAGGGAGAAGGGAUAUGGGGACGAAGGAUAUUGUGGAGCUCCUCAAGGUCCAGGGGGAGACUAUAAACAAGACUUACCUGGAACUGGAGAAGCUGCGACAGGGACUUGAAGUGGAGAGAGCGGCACCAAUAUCUUACGCCGAGGCUGCUGCCACAACAUCGGGUAGACCUGGCGCGAUCCGGCCGGCGCUUCACUCUGUAAUUAUAACAUCAAAGGAUGAGAAAGAGACCGGGGACGAGGUACUGGAUAGAGUGCGCAAAUCGGUAAACGCCAAGGACGGGUGGGUGACCGUGGAACGAGUCCGAAAGGUGAAGGAUCGGAGAGUGGUGAUCGGGUGCAAGACGGAGGAGGCUCGGCGGCGUGUAAAGGAGCGCCUGAAGGGUGCAGAGGACCAUCUCACCGUCGAGGAAAUUAAGAACCAUGACCCCAUGGUGGUUCUGAAGGACGUCCUUAAGAUGAACAGUGACGAGGACAUAAUGGCGGCCUUCAAGAACCAAAAUGGGGAGGUUCUUAAGGGACUCGACGGGGAGGAUGCCAAAUUUGACAUCAAGUACAGGCGCAAGGCGAGGAACCAACAUUGCGAUCACGUGGUGUUGAGGGUGUCGCCGCGCCUGUACAACAAUUUGGUAAACAGAGGCUAUCUGCACAUCGACAUGCAGCGAGUGAGGGUUGAGGACCAGUCGCCCCUGGUCCAGUGCUCAAUGUGCUUGGGGUAUGGCCACGGACGCAAGUUCUGCAGGGAGAGUGUUCCCAAGUGCAGCCAUUGCGGUGGCCCCCACAUGAAGCAGGAUUGCGCAGACUGGAUGGCAGGGGACAGCCCUCGGUGUUGCAACUGCACUGCGGCCAAAUUCUCGGAGAACCUGGAGCACAACGCCUUUAGCCCUGAAUGCUCAGCCAAUCUGCAGAGGUGCUCUCAAGCAACAGACGAGCUGAUGAUGGAAGCUGCGAAGGAGAAACUUGCCUUUGCGCUAGUCCAGGAGCCUUAUACCGGAGCCGCCAAGAUACUCAAGACCUACCGUGGGACUAGAGUGGCGCAGAGUGUGGUUAGCGGAGGUGGGACGGUAAAGGCAGCAAUCGUGCUGUUUGACGACAGUAUCGAUCUGACCUUGUGCCCUACGCUCACCACCGAAAACAUUGCAGUUGCCAAGCUCAGGACCGCGGCGUGGGAGAUCUUGGUGGUUUCGGUGUAUCUGCAGGGCGAUGGCGACAUCGAGGCGGACAUUGAGAGCAUCAAGAAUAUCUUAGAGAGGUCGGGGGGCGGGAGCACGGUGCUGGGGGGAGACGUAAACUCCUGGAGCAUUUGGUGGGGGAGUGCAGAGACAAAUAGGAGGGGGGAGACGCUUGGAGCGGCACUGGUCGAGACGGGCCUGCAUAUCCUGAACCGAGGAAACGAACCCACGUUUGAUUGCUGCAGAGGAGGGCGAAGGUACACAAGCUGCGUGGACAUAACAACUUGCACGGAGGACCUGCUAGACCGAGUCGACAAUUGGAGGCUGAACGCCGACCUAACUGUAUCCGACCACAGGGCAAUUCUUUUCGAAAUUAAGCUAGAAAAAUCAAAAGGAAUAGACAUAAAAAGAACUACUAGGAAAUUUAAUACAAGGAAGGCAGACUGGGUUGAGUUCCGAGAGGAACUCACCCAAAUCUGGGAAAGGGAUAGAGUCAAUAGAGAAGAAGUAGAAAGAGUAAUAACAAGGGAAGAUCUAGACAAGAAAAUAGAACAGUAUACCAAAGGAAUAGAAGAGGCUUGUGAGAAGCAUAUACCUAAAAUAAAGGAGGGGAAAAGAAAAGGAUUGCCUUGGUGGACGGAACAGUUGUCGGAGAAGAAAGCAGAGGUCAAGAGACUCAGAAGGAGAAUAGCGGGAGCAGCGCAGGUGCGCCGGGAGGUUGUUCUUCAAGAAUACCUUCAGGCAAAGAACGAGUACACGCGGCUUGUGAAGAACACGAAAACCGAGAGCUGGAAGAGCUUCUGUGGCAAACAAGACAGGGAGAGCGUGUGGGACGGAAUUUACAGGGUUAUAGGCCGGACGACAAAUAGGCAGGAGGACAUACCACUGAUCCAAAAUGGUAGGGUUCUGGAAGGUGGUGAAUCCGCGAAGGCUCUGCUGGAGACCUUCUACCCCAAGGACAAAGCCGACGAGGAUAAUGAGGCUCACAGGCGGGUUAGGGAGAAAGCCGAAGUGGCGAAUGGUGGAGAAGAUGAUGGACCAUCCGAUCCAUCAUUUACCAUGGAGGAGCUUCUUUUCGCAGCCAAUAGCUUCAACCCCAAAAAGGCGCCUGGGGUGGAUGGACUCACUGCAGAUAUUUGCAGAGCGGCGAUAAACCAGGGACCGGAACUCUUUCUCGGGAUCCUCAACAAGUGUCUGGACCUUUCGCACUUCCCCGCUAGAUGGAAAGAGGCAGUGGUGGUGAUCCUACCCAAACCUGGCAAGGACAGCUACACCACUCCCAAAUCAUAUCGGCCGAUUGGGCUUUUGCCGGUAUUAGGAAAGAUUUGGGAGAAGAUGCUCAUCCGGAGGAUAAGAUGGCACACAGCGGGCAGUUUGAGCAAAAGGCAGUAUGGCUUCACACCGCAGCGCAGCACCGAGGACUCCCUCUAUGACAUGAUGGCACACAUCAAGGUCGGCCUGCAACAAAAGAAAAUUGUAGUGAUGGUGUCACUAGACAUAGAGGGAGCCUUCGAUAGCGCAUGGUGGCCGGCCAUCCGCUGCCGAUUAGCGGAGUCAAACUGUCCGAAAAAUGUCCGGAGAGUCAUCGACAGCUACCUCAGUGAUCGCCGGGUGAGGGUUAGGUACGCGGGAGCAGAAUACGCAGCCGAGACGACCAAGGGAUGCGUCCAGGGGUCGAUCGGAGGACCGACCUUCUGGAACAUCCUUUUGGACCCUCUUUUAAAAGGAUUGGAGGACAGAGGUGACCACUGCCAGGCGUUUGCUGAUGAUGUGGUCCUGAUUUUCACUGGAGAGACAGCUCAGGAGGUUCAGAGACGGGCGAAUGCCGCUCUGGCCUAUGUGUGGGAGUGGGGUGUCGCGAAUAAGUUAAAGUUUGCGCCACAUAAGACCAACGCUAUGGUCAUCACAAACAAACUCAAGUACGACACCCCGCUCCUGCGCAUGGGCGGGAGGGACAUUGCCCUGUCCAGAGAGAUUAAAGUUCUGGGCCUAACGAUAGACGACAAACUCACAUUCAACACGCAUGUGACGAACGUCUGUAGGAAGGCCCUGAACAUCUACAAGCAACUGGCCAGAGCUGCAAAAGUGGAGUGGGGACUCUCUCCGGAGAUAGUCAGGACCAUAUAUGUGGCGGUGAUAGAGCCUGUAAUCCUGUAUGCGGCUAGCGCAUGGGCAACGGCUGCCAGCAAAUUGGGAAUCAGGAAGCACCUAAAUGAGGUGCAACGUGGUUUUGCUCAAAAAAUGGUAAAGGCGUACAGGACGACCUCGCUUAACUCGGCUCUGGUACUCUCCGGGCUGCUUCCACUUGAUCUUAGGAUCAGAGAGGCAGCCUCUCUUUAUGAGAUAAAGAAAGGAUAUUCCCGGAGAGUAGUAGAAGACCGAGCAGUAGAAGUGCCGAUACCUUACGCAAGGGCACCUCAUCCAGCCAAAAUAGCACACCUAGAGUUUGGGAUGGUGGAAGAUAGUGCAGAUCUCAUCCAGAGAGUCAAUGACGGACCCCAAGUCUUUACAGACGGAAGCAAGAUAGAGGGGAAGGUCGGCGCAGCCUUAUCAUUAUGGAAUGAUGGUGCGGAGAUCACGGUCAAGAAACUUAAACUGGAGGAGUUCUGCACUGUCUUUCAGGCCGAACUGCUUGCAAUCACAAAGGCUACUGCAAUGAUAAAGGCACAUAGGACCGGUGGAAUCUUUAGCAUCUAUAGCGACUCCAGAUCUGCGCUGGAGGUUAUCACCCGUGGUGUUUCUCUCCAUCCUCUCGUGAUUCAGACCAGAAAGAACAUCCAAGAGGCAGCUGAAAACGGCAGAACUAUCAAACUCUUCUGGAUCAAGGCCCACGCGGGGAUGGAGGGAAACGAGCGGGCGGACGAGCUCGCGAAAGAGGCAGCGCUUAGACUAAAGAAGAAACCGGACUAUGAUGAGUGCCCUAUCUCAUUCGUUAAGCGUAUUUUACGCCAAGAUACGAUUGGCGAAUGGGAAAAGCGGUACCAAACGGAGCAGACUGCAAAAACCACAAAGUUGUUCCUCCCAAGCGCAGCGCAGGCGUAUAGGAUGGUCAGGAGCGUGCAGCCCUACGGCAAACUCACGCAGAUCCUCACGGGGCACGGUGGGUUCGCCCAAUACUUGAACCGAUUCAAGUGUCGGGAGAGCCCAUCGUGUGCGUGUGAUGAUCUGGUUGAGGAGACAGUCCCUCAUUUGUUGGUGGAAUGCCCGAUUUUCGAAAGACUGAGAUUCGACCUAGAGCAGGUGGUAAAAAAUGCAUUACUGCAUACCCGCCGCUGGGUCAGGCGGCGGGUUAUGUGGGGCUCUCCCCGCCAGAAGGGCGGGGCCUACCCACUAAAAACUUCCACCAGUCUCCAGCUCGCUGUGUUUGUAGGAGGCUAA